AUGGAUGUUUUCAUAAACAUCAUGAAGAUCCACAGCACCGCCUCUCCUUUUCACGCCACAUUUCUCGUCAUGCAGAAGUUAAGCAAUCUGCUUGAUCAGUAUUAGCCUGUUAUGACAAACACAACCACUCAAUGAUGUUACCGUCAAGAAUUCUUGAUAACUGCAUAUUUCGAUGUGAUUAAUCCGAGUCUAACAAGUACAAGGCUCUCUAUUAAAUGGCAGGACCCUCCAAUGUAGUGGAGACCUUCAACAUAGUCAAACGAAUAGCUCCUCUCAUCUCCACAUUGACUCCAACAUCAUCAAAGAUAUCAUCACAUGCCCCCAAAGCCUUAACUAUGAUGGUUACUACUCAAGAAGCAAGAUGAGGAGGGGCCCCUACCCCUCGUGGUGGGAAAGGGAAGAAUGGUGAUGGAGUUUCUUUGGGCUGAGGUCACCUUUCUCUGUGUAAACAUUAUGGGAGAACCAAUUAGUAGGCGACCAAGUGCUAUAAAAAGUUUGGCUAUCCAUCUGAUUGACCAGGUUCACUUCCUCUAGGCAAAUUCUACCCACACUCUACCAUCUCUUCAUUACCAGCUACUACUCCUUUACCCUCGCAAGGGUCCUCUUCGGGAUCAUUGGUGUGGUUUUAAAUGUGAAUCUUGUGAACUUGGAAAAUAUUUUUAUUCAAUAUACCAUUGGUAUGAUUCUCCACCAUACAACCAGUCAUUCAAAUUGAUUCAUUGUGAUGUUUGGGGGUUUGCGUCGCUUUAGUUUCUGAUUUUCACUACUACAUGGUUUUAAUUAAUAAUUUCUUGCGUACAUCAUGAGUCUACCUUCUCAUGGAUUGAAUUACAAUCCUUCUCCAUCUUUGAGAAAUCUUUCAAGAAGUACAGACCUAGUAGAACAUCACGCCCAAAAUCAUUUGAAUGGAUAAUACUCUCGAGUUUAUACAAUCUACACUUCAAGAGCUCUACAAAUCGCUUGAGAUCAUUUAUCAAACAACAUGUCCACAUAUGUCCUAGUAAAAUGGAAUAGCAGAAUGAAAGCACCAGCAUAUCUUGGACAUGACUUGUACCAUCAUGCUUGAGAUGGGGGUUCUUGAUUACCUAUGGGCUGACACCAUCCUCACAUUCACCUACCUCAUUAACCGUCUUCCAUCAUCUCUCUUAGGCAACAAAGUUUCCUUUCAUCGUCUCAACCCCAAAGGUGACCUCUUCUCUUUACCCCCCAUGAGUUUUUAACUAUGUAGCAUUUGUACACGACCACACCUCGAGCAAGUCCAAACUUGCCUCUCGUGCAAGAAAAAGUGUCUUCAUUGACUACUCACGGACAUAA